AUGCAGCUGAUGGAGCAGAUGUUCUCCUACUGGGAGUCCGGUGAAAAUCCUUACUUGUUGCCGACCACAGAUGGAGAUGAAAGCAAGUCGUACUCGAUUCGAGCACUGACCUUUCAGGUCCUGAGCGAUGCGACCAACCAAGACAAGCUUCGUAGCUGCUUGCGAAUCUUUGCGCCGGCUCGUGCAUGGAUGGGGCAAGUGGUGAAGGACCUUCAGGGCAACACAACGGCCUCUGUGAAACAUUGUCUGGCUUUGGCGACAGGUGCGAGAGUGCAGCACCUUGUGAGGGAGACCAUUACUUCAGCAACAUCAUGGGCCACACUGGAAGCCAUCAAUGCCUCCAAUCCAAGCUUGGAUGCUGGGGCACAGGAGACCAUGCAAAUGCACGUGACCUUGACUUGCUCUUGGCUUGGAUCCAUGUAUGAGUUGAGCGACCAUUUCAAAUGCUUUCCAUGGAAAUCAAUCCUGGCAUGCCACGAGCGCAGAUUCGUGCAGCUUUUGGAGGCAAUGCGAGUCGAGGUCGCAUUCGUUCGACGCCUCGACGAUUUGAACCGUCGAGGCGAUCUCUACAAGAAGAUGUCUUUCACCAGGUGGCAAACGUUUCGAGAGCUUCUUGUGGAGGCAGAAUCCAUCAAGUAUGAUGCCGAUCACCCGGAUGCCGCUCAUGUCCGAGAAAUCUUUCUUUCUUGCUCAGGUUUGAGCUUGAACAAUGUGGAAGCGAGCACAUUGUGCUCGCUCGCAUGCGAACUGACGUUUAAUGACUUGAGAGAUGCAGAAAGGCGGAGUCAGAAGCAGGAGAUCCGGACUCCUCCAGCAGUGGCAUGCUCUGCCAUCAAAUCCUCCUGGGGCAGAAGCCCCCUCGAAAAGAUCGAGCUCCAAGCUCGUGAUUGGUCAGACAAGGAAACACCGAGGCUUUUGAAAGCUUCCGUGUUGGCGAACCAUCGCCAGAACGACCGUGAUUUGGGUGUCCCAAUGAGCGAAUUGACAAAUCAGCAGUUCUGCGCUCACAUCACCAAGCCACACAUCCUGCAGCAGAGGCUUCGGCUGUACUGUGUGCUCCUAGCAGAGUUCGAGGCUGACCGUGAGAUCGACCUGGAGCAGUUGUGCUCCCGGUCAUGGCCGUGUCGCAUGCUCUGUCCCUGCACCUUGUGGCGCUUGAGUGAACAGGACGAUGCCGAAACCAGGUUGGUUCUGCAAGCAGGACCCCACACGGUCCGCUAUGCAGUGGUGGAGAAUGUUUUGCACAACGAUACCAUUCACUACCGGCUCUCGGCAUGCAGGACCCACAUUCAGGAGACCUUGAGAUUCGACGGUGUCACAGGGCAGCUGUCGCUAGCAGUGGGUGUUGCUUCCGAGCAACAUGGGCUCUUGCUGCAAGCAGAAGCCUGGCUGCCUCCUGUCAGGUACCUUCUCUCACACUCCAUCCUGAAGGUCCCAGCUGGUUUCAUCGUGCAGUUCUGUCAACUACAUGGCCUGGGAGGUGGGAAAGCAACCCACCGUGAUCGAGUACAGCGCCUCUUGGAACACGAGAACUACCCGCAGGAAUACAUCGAUGAGAUCUUGGAGCAGUUGCCCGAGCCCCGUCCACGCAGAGCUCGUGCCGCUGCAGAUGGCCGUGAUGCCACCCAGACAAUGAUUUUUCCAUGA